AUUUUUGAAACCUAGCGCCAUCUACAGGCCGCUCCAAUGAAACAGUUUCAUUCGAAAUGGAGUAGUGAAGUGGAAUUAGUUAGUUGUAAUUUUAAGUGUAAAUAUUUUAUUUGUUACUAUUUCACUUUUCCAGCGACACGAGAACGAAAGAGAUAUCUAGACCCUGCUGAAUGCAGGGCUGGAGUACGUCUCACUCCGAUCAUACGACGAAUAUUAUUAUACCCAACUACGAUCGAACAUUAUACUGGAAAUCAGAAAUGGCAGGACCGCACCAUGAAUUGAGAAGAAGCUAUACCCAGGUUGAGUUUGCCUUGCCACGGGACCGCCCUUUCAAUGUGAGGGCUCCCAAUAACAUUAUCUAUCGCCAUAAUAUGCCACCAUCAAUGGUCCAGGUCCCUGACAAACGAAGAUUCAGCGCCAUGCCAAGAGUGAGACAUGCGACGAUGGAGAUCUAUAGACCGCCUAGUGUUGCAGGUGUGAGGAUGGACGGUGGCUCCACGUCUCCCCCUGGAAGACUGAAUGUUCACGCAAAAGAAUUCACUAUGAACCGUGCAGAUCUAGCCACCUCCAGAUCAAGCGGUAACCUGGCUGUGAUGAAUGGUUACCAGGCUAUCAAUGGACGAGGAAUUCAGCAUUCGAAGAGCAGUGGCAAUGUACUUCAUGCUAUCAAUCAGUCUAAGUCCAGUGCAAAUAUCACACAAACUGCUCAGACCAAGAGCAAUUUGCAGAACAGAGUGCACUUCAGAGUCGAUUCUGAUAAAAGCGGUUUGAAAAGAUCGAAGAGUCUGAGCGCAAGUGACACGAAACAAGCAAUUGAAUCUACAAAAACGUUUAAUGCUCCGGUGCUCCCAGUCGGAGAUUUGGGAUCUUUCCCAAAGGAGAUGCAAGAUACCAUUCAAAAGGCACUUACUGAUCCGAAUGACUUGUCAGCAAGAACUAUCAUGCAACUUGUGAAAGUGAUCGUUGAGAAAGCCGUCGAAAAUCUAAGAUAUGCCGAUUCAGCAGCUAAAUUGUGCAUCAAUAUUAUUGAGAAGGAAAAGAAAGAAACGUUCCUGGAAUCGUUGCUGAAUAUGUGCCAGCUCUGGUAUCAGGAAAGAGAUAAAUUUCUCAUUUCACGUUACCCCACAUUCAUGGCCUUUCUGAACGAGAUGUACUGCCAGCUGAAGAGAAGCCAGUUGCAGCUGAAAACUCACUACGAUGGUGUUCCACCACCUUUGCUGCUUUUGAUGCUGUUGUCCAAGUGCUGUCAGGACUGCCUCAAGCCUCCUGCCAUUCAGUCUCCUUCUGAUACUGAAUGCCUGUUCUUCGUUCUUUCGUCAAUCGGCCGCGAUUUGGAGACGGAACUGCCGAAAGAGCUCGAACAGGUAUUGACGGGUGUGAGGGACGCAUUUCUGACCGCGGUCACAACUCCAGCCAUCAGAAAAACGCUACUGCAGCUAAUCGAAUUGUCAUCAGCAAAAUGGCAACUGCCUGCGUCUGCCGUAAUGUACUACUAUCCGGGCACUAUGAGAUAGAUAGGUAACAUUCUUUGUUGUUGUGAAAGUCAUGUAGUGGUAAAUAUCCAUAUCAAAUGAAAACAACUUGACAAUAUCAAGUUUUCAUUUAAGAUAGAUUGCAUAUUUGGACUUUCGACAAUUCCCAAUUUUUGACUAUAAAUACACACAGAAUCAACAUAAAUGUUUGUUUGUUGGCCUACAUGAAGUUUUUCAAAUUAUGAAUAGUUGAAGAGAUAAAUUAAAAAAAGAAUAUAAAAUGGAAUCUUGACGGUAAAGUGAUGUAUUCUCGAAGAAUCAAAAACUGACAUGAAUUUAUACUUCAAUUCAAACUAUAAUAAUUUGCGACUAUUCAAACUUAAUAAUUAUCAAAAACUGUUAUCUUUACAAACAUUUAAUGUUUGAAAUUUUCAUUGAUAAUAAUGUUAUUUCAAUUAAUCGUAACCUGUGAAAUAUGAUUGGUUACAUUACAUACAUUACGGAUAUGACUUAUGGGUUGGGAAAAAAUGUGAAAAUAUAUAUUAACUAUAUUGUAUUGUGUAUGCAUAGAUUGGCGACAGCAAGCAGCUAUUUCAAAGAUUUUUUCUGAAAUCUAUAGACAUAAAAAACAGUUCAGUUAAAGGAACAAACGUCAAUUAUCUUCUAUUCUUACACUUUUGUAAAUUUCUAUAAAUUGAUUACCUACCUAUACCGUACGUUUUUGUGAAUAAAGUGCCUUUUAAAGAGUGCCUUGAGUAAUGUUAGCAUCAUGUGCCAUUGCUUUUGAUGAUUCAAUUAUAAAUCCAACAGAAUCGUAGUAACUAAGUUGCUCAAUUAGAAAUAUGACAAGUUUAUAUUAUAACAGUAACAUGUGCCAAAAAAAUCUACUGUGUUUUUCAAUGUCUUCCUCGAAUUUUAAAAAUGUAUUUAAUAGCUACUGUUUGCAUCAAUAUUUUUGUGAAGCUAUCAAUUUAACACACUCGACUCUCUAGUGCUAAAAGCAAUUUAUUGAGUGUAUCAUGGGCUAUGUGCAAAACUUAUAAUAUACGCUAUUAUUAUAAAAAAAUGGCAUUGUCAACCAAAUAUUUUGGUGAUAUCAAAAGUUUCAGAGUAAUUUUAUUUGUUUAUAAGAUUUUACGUCAAUCUUUGGAGCCAUAUUAUGGAGUUAUUGAAAAUGUUACCCUUUAUUAUAUCAAAUAAUAUCUUCAUUUAUCAAUAUGUUUUUCUUGAGGAUUUAUUAUUUUAAAAGUACUUUUCUAACUUCAUACAUACAUAAUUUUUUUCAAAUAAUGAACAGCUAGGAAGAAGAAUAGUACAAAAACUAUCAACUUGAAAUCUUUACCGUGAAGUGGAAAAUAUUUCAAAUAUUGUUCAUGCUUUUUGACAAAAUCGUAUGUUUCAUGUUGUGAUAUAAUGAAACUCUGACAAUAUAUUAAUUCAUCAAAAUGAGUGAGAAAAUGAUUGAGAACUUGUAAACAGUCUCUUAUAGUGAUUCUUUUGAUUCACGGUAUUGUUUUCACUAUCGCUUUUAACUUUUAUUACAGUAAUUAUUUCAACUGGAAAGAAACCAUUGUGUAAAUUCAAUUUGUUUAUGUUUAUUCAAUUUGUCAGUGGAAAUAUUUCCAAUUGUGAGAAUUGGAGAUAUAUAAAUUCAGUAGCCUUUUUAGUGGUACACCAUUGACUAUUAACCAAAGUAGAGUUUUUUGUAGUCCUAAUACCUAGUCACUACCAGAGUAAUAUUAAUUCCUCCAUUUUUCUCUAAUCUAUUGAUUAAAUUAUUAUUUCGUUAGUAACAUUCUCAUCUAUUUCAAUUUGUAUAAAUUUGUCCUUAUUAGAAUCAAAAGUUUGUGUAGUAUUUUGUAUUGAAUAAUAUUGUAUUUCUAAACCAAAAAUAUCACACAACUUAGAAGUAAUUGGAUGGAUGUUGAUGUUUUAUUUCGUAAUAUAAUUUGAAUUUAAUGUGUAAUUGUCUCAUUGUGUUGUAAUUGCUACUAGUCAUUGUUUAGAUGCAUAUUUCAGCGUUAAAACAUGAAUAUUGGUUUGAUUUUUUUCGUUUACUAUGAAAGUAUUGCUAUUUUUUUAUAUUUCUAUAAGCCUAUAGGUUAAUAUAGAUUUUGCUACUUUAAUCUGUGAAUUUGAAUUAUGACAAACAUGUUCUCCUUUCAAGAAGUUUGUACAUUUUCUUGUUGCUGCAAGAAACUGUAUUUUAAGAUUGCGUAUUAAUAUGCCAAUUAUAUAUUAUUUACAAACAGAUACCGCAACUCACAAAGUUUUUGAGAAAUUGAAGCAAACUUUAUUUAUAGUGAUUAUAAUAUCCAGAUUGAUGAACUUCUCAAUCAAUCAUAAGUGCUAUUAUAAAAAUUGAAAAAAAUUGACUCAAAACUCGACUAUAUGCGAGAUUUGUAGUACAGUAUGUUUUUCCAAAAUCUGAAUAUAAAAAAUUGAAAAUGUAUCUAUGUACACGUAUUAUAAUUCUAAUACAUAAAUAUGGACACUCCUAACAAGCAUGUUAGAGAUGAAUAAUUAAUAAAAUAUUUUAUAUCUUGAAGAUGUUGAUUUUUCAUAAUAAAUAUUGGAAACUGA